GGGUGACAUCUGCCUGGACCAUGAAACAUUGAACAUUGAUCUUCAGCUAUCUGAGUCACGCUGCCUUUGCGACACCUGAGUCUCGCAAUACAAAAAACUGCCAUUGAAGAUUACACAAAGAACCAAAUCUCUGGGCCUUCUUACUCUCCGAAACUCGCCCAGUGUUUCAGCGACUCUCCCCAUUCGCACCCGGCGCCCAAUGCUGGAUGCCUUGCACGUGAACAGCCUUCCCGACUUUCACACCACUCAAGUCCUGGCCUCCUCACGCGCUUCUCAUAUAUCACGACACCAUGUCUGAACGGGCUUCAGCGCCAUCGGCCAGUAAUGGCAGCCCGCCGCCAGACGACGUGGAAGCUGAGCUCGAGUCUUUUGUCCAGCCGCUGCUUAUCGAUGAUACCGUGGUCCAUAACCUGGCCUAUCAGUUCUCAAAAGUCUACCAUGAACUUGCACUCCAUUCUGAAGAACAGUUUCUCCCGACGCCGGUGACUGAGCUACCUUCGGGCCAUGAGACAGGUCAAUUCCUCGCCAUCGAUGUCGGCGGCACCAAUUUGCGUGUUGCUUUCAUCGAACUACUGGGGGAUGCUGAUGACCUCGCAUCGUCCGCUCAAGGCCAGGACAAGUCACGUGAGACCAUCAGAAAUGCCCAGCGACCGCGUGUACGACGGACCUUGGAGAAGGCCUGGCCUAUUGGCGAACAUCUGAAAAUGGACAAAACUGAUGACCUUUUUGCCUGGAUUGGUGAUUGUAUCGCGGAAGUCGUAUGGGACCGACUUAGUUCGGAUACUGGCAAGGUAGAAGUCCCGGAGGAACUCCCAAUGGGCAUUACUUUCAGCUUUCCCAUGAUGCAAGAGAAGCUCGACUCAGCGACGCUGAUGCCCAUGGGCAAAGGCUUCACGAUAACUUCCGACCUUGAUCUGGGUUCCACCUUGCUGCAAGGCUACGCUCGACAUACCAGACAGCAACAAAGCAACGACUCAUCCCCACGCGCAAAGAGAAGGAAACUUGGCCCACUCCCCCGACUAAAGAUUGCUGCCAUCACCAAUGACACUAUCGCCACUCUUGCAUCAUUAGCAUACAGUGUCAAGUCGCUGCCAAAUUCUAGAGUUGUUGCCGGCAUCAUUGUCGGAACUGGCUGCAACGCCACGGUGCCCAUGAAAUUCUCAAGCUUGGGCGAGGCCAAAGCUACCUCGAUUCGCAAGAACAAGCCAGAAGCAACAGAGACUGUUGUCAAUACUGAAAUCACAAUCGCUGGUGCCUGUGGACCACUACAAUCCAUCACCACCGAUUGGGAUCGUGAAUUGGAUGCGGCAUGUGCACGACCGGGUUUCCAACCUCUGGAGUACAUGACAGGAGGUAGGUAUAUAGGAGAGCUGGUGCGCAUCAUAUUCCACGAUUACAUGACCAGAGCACAUAAGCCGCCAGUUCCAUCAACCUCACUUCCCGCUACUAUCGUCCAUCCAUACAGCUUCACCACGACCUUCGUCAGCGCGGUAGUUGCACGGUCAAGGACCAAUGCAGAACUGGCAGGAGAAUUGAAGCGUCGAAUGCCACCGCCAGAAUCGUCCAACUGGGGCUGGACGCCACACUCAGCGGGAGCCUUGCGCAGAAUAGCGCAUCUUGUUCAAGUUCGUUCCGCGGGGCUCAUCGCCGCUACGACUGUCGGCCUCCUUGCUACCGUCGGCGAGAUUGCAUUGUCCGAGCCAGGCAGCCCUGCCUCACUUCCAGACGCGGUCUUCACAUCAGACAGCAAGCCUUCGUCCCCAAAGAACAGCCAUCUGGCGCUACCUUCACAUGAUGUGCGUGAUGGGCUCUCGCCAGCCCCAGGCGCCACGGCUUGGAAGUCAGGACCGGAAGAGCUUGUUAUUGCGUAUACUGGAGGGAUCAUUCAGCAUUAUCCUAACUUUAAAGAACAAUGUCAGCGGUUCAUCGACCGACUUGUGAUGCGAGCAGGACCGCAAGACGGUGGCAAGAGUGUCUUCUUGCGGGAGGCUCGCGACGGUGGCAUUAUUGGCGCCGGGGUUUUGGCAGGGCAACAGGCCUCCUUGUCGCCGCGUUAAUCCCUCUAGUCGGUGGCGCAAUCAUUGCAGUACGAAAAGCCCGAAUCGAAUUGCGUAUCAGCUCCGCUCCCCCAGUUACCUCGCUAAGAACUGCAGACUGGUAAGGGCAAGAGACGGUGACGACAAAAAAUUAAUCUUAUUUGGGAAGCUACAGCAAUUUUUUUCUGGAAGAACUCCGGCGCGCACCGACAGGAUAUGGGUGAUUAUUGGACAAAGGUAUUUGCAGGUUGGAUGGUAUCAUUUCGGGAGAUAGAUGUCGUCGUUUACCAGUCUGAUUUGUGGUGUGAGGAAUCAGAUGCCAGGGACAUCUGGCUAGUUUGACACGCAGACACCAAAGCAGCAAACUGGCCGUGUGGCUUGAGGAAUUCCAUAUUAUCGAGGGCUUACGGGCGCCGGAGCGUUGAAAGCGUGCUGCUAAAUAAAAAGCGAAACAGGAGUGCUUGAAGGAAUGGCUCACCAGACUGGGGGCUAUAUGUGAGCGUGGUUGUAAGCGAGGCGAAGUACGGAGUACGGAGUUGCGGGAUCACAAUACUGAGUUCCAGGCUAAGAAGAGGCGCCUAUUUGUUUGAAAGCGGGGGAAACUGUAACAAGGGCUCGCCUGGCUCUUCUCCAGGUUGCAGCAGAAUGUACUCACGCAAAGUCAUUUUCAGACGCAGAAGAUUACCAUGUGCGGUCAUACAGAUAAUCGACAGGAGAAAGGAUGUACGUAGGUGCCUUGUAAAGACCAUACUCUGUUGUACGAAUGAAU